AUGAGAACACAAACACAAACACAAACAACAAUCACACGAGCUCAAACAACAAUCACACUGGCUGAAGAAGAGCAGGAGGUGAAAAAGCAAGCGCAGGCAAAGGCAGGACAAGCGCAGGCAAAGGCAGGACGAGCAAAGAGGAAAACCAGAGACGAGGCUCAUCAUGUGCUCGUGCGCGCUGCAAAUAUUCAAAUGAUCCGCAACAUGCCAGAGGCUGACGCCGCGCUCACCAAACGCCCAGAACGCAAGGGUGGAAUUGUUGUUGAGGAUGAUAUGAGGGCUCCUUUCACAUUACAGGAUUAUGUGAAAGUCAUGGGAAUUGCUGUGACUGCUUUUGCGUUCAAAUACUCUAUUGAAAACGGUGGAGACGGCCUCAAGAUUGGCUUCUAUCGUGCCCAAACAAACAAGGUUGCAAAGAAGUUAGUAAGGCAGGGAGUACGACAGGAUGAUGGUUCUAUCAAGCGAACUGGAGCGGUGAUAAGAGAAAAAGGGGACUUGUACUUGGUGGAUUGUAAUGUCACUGGAUCGUCAGAAGGGACCCCUGAUGAUCCAAAGUUUGCAUUGAAGAAGUUGUUUGAGCAUCACAUCUUUCAAAAGUUGGAUGGUCUUGUGGCGGCAGGAGGACAAUACGAAGGAUACAUUCCUGUUAUUCAAGGUGACAAUGCAGGGCCGCAUGCUGAAAAAGAAUACUUUAAUUGGUGCAAGGCUCAAUGUGAACAACGUGGCUGGCACUGGGAACCGCAAGCUCCACAAAUGCCGCAUAUAAACAACUUAGACUUGUCAGUAUUCCCCUGCAUGUCAAGACGUCAUUGUGCAGCCGCAAGAGAGAGGGGAGGGCUCCAUGUUUUGAAAUAG